AUGGCUGUUGUACACCCUGAAGUUCUGUGGGCCCAGCGCAGCUCUGAGUCAGACGAGACCAAGAACAUCGUCUACCUGACCGUCAACCUGCCAGACAUCGUGGAGUCUUCGCUCCAAUACAACCUCGAGCCUACAAAAAUCUCGUUCAAGGCCACGUCCGGCAACGACAAGACGGGAUCCACAAAAGAGUACGCCUUCGAACUGGACCUCUUCGCCGAGGUCGUACCAGAGAAAUCAGGAAAACGAUUGACCACACGUUCAUUUGCGCUCGUUCUUCGCAAAAAGGAACAGCAGGCAGAAUACUGGCCACGGCUGACCAAGGAGAAGGUCAAGAACGCGUACAUCAAGACCGAUUUCUCGAAAUGGGUCGAUGAGGACGAGCAAGACGGUGAGGUUGUCAAGGAGGAUGAUGACUUCGACAUGAACGCGCUGGGAGGCGGUAUGCCGGGUGGUAUGGGUCUUCCUGGUGGUGAUAUGGGUAUGCCCAGUGGAGGUAUGGGGGGCCUUGGAGGUCUGGACUUCGAAAAGGCAAGCAAACCAUAUCUCAUCGAGAUGGGCAAGAGUGGUGCCCCCGCUGGAGGCGACGACGGCGAGGACUCUGACGACGACGAUGGCCCGCCCCCGCUUGAGGAAGCAUGA